AUCUUUAACAGCUAUCAUCAACAAUCAUAUAUGCUACGACGGAUUCAUCGGUUAUCAGGCCUGCUAACUUCGAUGGAAAGUGCGUAAGUACGGCAUAGCCGUGACUGUAUUUAUAGUUGAUUGGGGUUGUGAUUGUGAGGCUUUCAAUUCCGUGUGUUCCGUGUUGGUAUAUUUUUCGUAUUAUUAAGUCAUGAAGACAAAUAUUUAAACAAAACAGAUUAACGUAACGAUAAAUAAUAGCUCGAUAAAUCAAGCACUAUUGUUAAUUAGAGAUAAUUUUUAUAAACAAAAUGAAGUAUGUGUAUUAAAAUACUGAAUAUUAUGGAGAAGAAAACAAUGAGGCGUUAAACUUUUAAUUUUGAUUGGGCACUAGAUGUGCGAGCGUUUGAGAUAAUGCGAAAUGAGUACUGUCCCUCUCCCCUGGUAUUACACUCUGUCUACACUUUAAUUUAUGAUGACUUACUACCCAGUCGAAGCCAAAGACCCACCCCAGCCCUGAACUGAGCCGGCAAGUUAGCUAGACAGAGUAGGCUUAGAUGAGUAGAACCUCGUGGUGUUCGUCACAAUAUGUAAAUAUCUUUAAAAUAAUUAACAUUUAAAAAGUAAAUAAAUUGGAAAUUAUUAUAUGGAAAUGUUUCGUUUGGUAAGGCAAUGGCUACUGCCACUUAAAUCGAUGACAAGCAAGUCAAAUUGUGCUGCAGUUGAUCUAGAUAAAUGCUAUGCACAAAUGAAUCAACUGGUUGAUAAGGCGGCUAAGCUCAUGAAGGAAGCCAGUACGAAGAUGCGAUUGUAUGACACCAAGGGGAAUAAUACCGCAGACCUGGUCACGGCCACAGAUCGCGAAAUUGAGCAGCUGCUCAUCAAGGGCUUAAUGGAGCAUUUCCCCGAUCAUGUCUACAUAGGCGAGGAGGGAACUGGCGGUGCAGCAACGGGUCGCAAAUUGACCGAUGCGCCCACCUGGAUCAUCGAUCCCAUUGAUGGCACUACGAACUUUGUGCAUGGCUUGCACUACACUUGUAUAUCGGUGGGAUUCUGGCUGAAUAAGCAAUCAGAGUUGGCCAUUUGCUGCAAUCCUAUGAUUGGACAGAAAUUCACCGCACGUCGCAAUUGUGGUGCUUAUAUGAAUGGCGUUCAAGUUGAGGCAAGUGGACAAACCGAACUGGAGAAGUCCAUUAUAUUGAAUGAAUUGAAUUCGGCGAAUUUUGAGCCUGAGCUAAUGGCCAUACAAAUGGGAAAUUCGCAGAAAAUGUUAGAGAAGGCGCAUGCACUGCGAACCACGGGCUCAGCUGCCAUGGAUUUGUGCCUUGUGGCCAUGGGUGCUGCUGAUGGUUACUACGAGUUCUAUCCCCAUUGCUGGGACACAGCUGCCGGGGUAUUGCUUGUGCGUGAAGCCGGAGGUGUUGUCAUCGAUCCGGCUGGCGGGGAAUUCGAUGUGAUGGGCAGACGUGUGCUGGCCGCUGCCACCCCGCAGCUGGGUGAGCAAAUGGUGAAGCUGCUGGGCGACAUGCAGAUCUAUCAUGACAGAGAUGAUGAGCCUGCUCCAACAAACUAAAUCAUAGUAGUCAAUUUUUCAAAUGUUACAUUCAUUGGGAAAUAAAUUUUAGUCAGCGUUUCGGCUGAUCUUCAAUAGUAA